AUGGAGCUUGGGACGGAUAAGUGUGCGAUCCUCCAUGUUGAAAGGGGAAGGGUUGCUAACUCUGAGGGCGUAGACUUAUCUAUGCCCGUCAACUUAAGGACCCUUUCCGAGGCUGAAACAUACCGAUACCUGGGUAUGUCACAAAACAUCGGUAUCGAUGAGACUGGUAUGAAACAGUCAGUUUGCGACGUGUUUUAUGCACGCUUGACCAAAGUGCUUAACAGCCUUUUGUCCGGUGUGAAUAAGGCACACGCAUAUAACGGCUGGGUCAUGCCUGUCCUCAUGUAUACCUUUGGCAUACUCAGGUGGACUCAGACUGAACUUAACGCCCUGGAUAGAAAAGUCCGCACUACCAUGACGUCCCAUAGGAUGCAUCAUCCGAGAUCGUCGGAUCAGGUUAUUAAGACCAACAACUAUCGGAGAUACAUCCUAAAGGAUGGCACCGUCGACAUCUGUCGAGCUUGUCGCCAUCCCGGUGAGUCACUUAGGCAUGUUAUCUCCGGUUGUUCGGCGCUUUCUAACUCUGAGUACUUGCAAAGGCACAACCUAGUAGCCAGAAUUCUACACCAGGAGCUCGCUCUGAAAUACGGUCUCGUGGACCGGAAAUUGCCGUACUACAAGUACUUGCCGGAAGCCGUGCUCGAAAAUGAUCGCGCCAGGCUCUAUUGGGACCGGGCCAUCAUCACAGACAGGACUAUUCUUGCGAAUAAGCCUGAUAUUGUGCUGAUGGACCGGGCACAGUCAAGGAUAUUUUUGGUCGACAUUACCAUUCCGUAUGACGAGAACCUCGUGAAAGCCGAAACAGACAAGCAAACAAAAUAUCUGGACCUGGCUCACGAGGUGACCGACAUGUGGGGUGGUCUGCCGACCGAAAUUAUUCCUGUAGUCGUCUCUGCAAACGGGCUAAUCCCAGUCAGCCUCUCGGGUCAUCUGAGGCAGCUGGGACUACGUGGCGGACCGCUCCAGGUUCAAAUGCAGAAGGCGGUGCUCCUCGAUACCGCCCGCAUCGUCCGCCGUUUUCUUUCCCUUUCCCCCUAA